UCCAGCCACCAUGCGUGCUGCUUGUCUCGCGGUGUUGCUGUGCCUGUGGGCGGGCGUCGGGGUGGAGGCGAUGUCCUUCCACGCAGGAGUCGCUCUGGAGCCCAGAGUCGCCCGCCAGGCCACGAUGCAAAGCCGGGAGUCAAAAAUGGAGAGCAGCAACCAGCAUCCAAGAAUUCAAAGGCAAUGUAAAGUGUUCCUUGAGUCAAGAAACUAUAACUGAUGGUUUAGAUUCGAGAGAUCGUCGUCGUCUGCUUAUAUCUCGAGAAUCCAUUCCAAGCACAUUACAAAACACCAAAGAUGUGAAAGUGUUCAAGCUUAGGUGUAAUAACAUAUGUUGGUAGAAAAGACUUAUUUGUUGUUAUUAUGGCUCCGAG